CAUAAUACACAAAAUUAAAUAAAAUGUAGAAACCCUAGCUAGAAUACUCUCUUUCUCUCUCUUUCAAUAUACUUUCCCUCCAGACUGUGGUUUCCUCCAUGAAAUGGGAAAUGGAGGUGUAUGAAAUCGAAGCUGUUCUCGAGAAAAUAUGGGAUUUACAUGAUAAACUUAGCGAUGCUAUUCACUCUGUUUCUCGAGCUCAAUUCCUCAAUUCCGUCAAGUCUCGCUCUAAGUCCGAUGACUUUUACGGUCACCGUUCUAACAAGAGAAAUGAUAACAAUGGAGAUCAGGUAAAGCAUGGUUACGUUUUCGUUAAGGAGUUUCCUGUUGAUGAGGAUGAAUCCGCUGUUCAUGAGGCUAAGAGUCUCAAUGCUAUCCGGACCGCACUUGAACACCUUGAGCACCAGCUCGAGUUCUUCCAUACCGUACAAAAUCAGCAACGUGCAGAAAGGGAUGCUGCUCUUGCUCGCUUAGAGCAAAGCCGAAUUGUACUUGCAAUGCGAUUGGCUGAACAUCCAGGUAAGAAAUACAAAUUCAUUGAAGAAGCUAAAUCUUUGGUGGGAGAUGUUCGUAAUGGCAGUCAGUUUGUUUCUCCUGAAAAUCUGUAUGGUCCUGCUACAAGCGCCACAGGUGAAAAUUUAACGACGCAGAUAAGAAAGAGAUCAAAUGCUCUAUUCAAUAUAUUCUUUUGUAGUUUUGAUUUCUUUAGAAAGUCUCUUAGAUUGGAUGAAGUGGGUGGAAUUUUGGGGAAUGCAGCGUUGGUUGCAAUCAGCAUGCUUGCACUGAUGCAUCUGCAGCAAGUUGGUAGCAAGGAAAAAUACCUUUUGGACCUCCCGUUAGGAGAAGACGUUGACUACAGCAGAAAUAUUAGAAAAAUCUCUCAGCCUGAGGGGUCAUCAUCCAGCCUAAAUUUGGAUGUGUUGUCAGCCAGGGGCUGAAACCGAAUAUAGUGAGGAUUGGGGAGAAAGAGGACAUUAGAUUGCGUCUUUUUGUAAGUAGAAAUUUGUUUCUCUCAAAAAGUUGUAAUAAAAUGUUGGAUUUUUGCCCCAAAUUUUACCGAGGUGGGAAAACCAAGUUUCUUAUGGUAGACAGUAGUAAAGGACUAUCUAUAAAUGUUGUAAAGAGCUAAAUCUUCCUUUCUUUGGAACAUAUAACAUAUUUUAUACUGUAGUCUAUGUGCAUGUUUGAUUACCUGUUGCCAA